AUGUUUUUCUUUUAUUCUCUUUUGUUUAUCAGUUCAUUUCUUUGCUUCUUAUUUUUUUUCUCUUCUCUAUCGCUCAUAUCUUUUUAUCUGUUUCUGUUUAAUUAUCAGUUUUCCUUUGGGUCUCUUUCUCUCUUUGUUUUCUUUCUUCUUCGGAUAAAUCAAUUUGUUUUUUUUUUUCUUGCAAACUUUCUUUCUUUUUCCCCUUUUCUCAAUGUUUUUCUUUCUUUCUUUCUUCCUUUCUUUAUUUCUUUCUUUAUAUCUUUCUUUCUUCCAUCCUUUUCUUUCUUUUUCCUAUUUCCAUCUUUCUUUCUUUCUUUCCAUAAUUUUUCUUUGUUUCUUUUUCCUAUGUCAAUCUUUUUCUUUCUUUCUAUCUUUCCUUCUUUCUUUCUAACUUUCUUUCUAUCUUUCUUCAAUUCUAUCUUUUCUUUUUCUUUCUUUCUUUCUAUUUCCAUUUUUUCUUUCUUUUUCCUAAUUCCAUCCUUUUUCUUUUGUUCUUUUUUCUAUCGUUUUUCUUGCUUUUAUUCUUGUUCUUUCUUUUUUCCUUUUCCUAUGUCCAUCCUUUUCUUUCCUUCUUUCUUAAUAUUUCCACCCUUUUUCUUUCUUUUUUCCAUUAUUUUUCGUUCUUUCUUUUAUCAUUUUUCAUUCUUUUUACGCUUUUACCCUUUUCCAUCUUUCUUUCUUUUUUCUUUCUUUCUUUCUUUCUUUCUUUCUUUCUUUCUUUCUUUCUUUCUUUCUUUGUUUUGCACACUCUUAUGUCAACAUUUCUCCAAAUUUUUGCUUUCGAUUCCUUUCUUCAUCUUUUUUUAUUUCACAUUUUAUCUUAAUUUCUCAAGCAACUUUUCAUUUCUUCUAAGUUUUUACAGUCACCAUUUACGAUAUUUUACCUUUUCCUCUUUUUUUUUACUCCUACCACCUCAUGUUUUCACUAUCUCCAUCCCUUUCUGUUGA